CCCUAGGUUUCGGAUCCCAACCCUCUACCCCGACCCUAGCCCCCUGACCUCGGACUCCGACCCCGACCCUGACCUCCUGACCCUCGACCCCGACCCACCAUGACGGGGCUGGAGGAGGACCAGGAGUUCGACUUUGAUUUCCUCUUCGAGUUUAACCAGAGCGACGAGGGCGCCGCCGCGGCCGGGGCCACCGCAGAACGCUACAGUUAUGCCACCACCGGCAUCAGUUCUGCUCUGCCCCUCCCCACGGCACCGCCCACGCUGCCAGCUCCAUGCCACGACCAGCAGGCCUCGGCUGCUGGGAUCUCAGCUGUUGGGUCAGCAGGUCACCCUGCGGGGUACGCAGGCGCCGUGGACGGCGGGCCCUCGGGCUAUUUCCUCCCCUCCGGUGGUGUCAGGCCCAACGGGGCCGCCCUGGAGAGCCCUCGCAUUGAGAUCACAUCCUACCUGGGGCUGCACCACAACAACGGCCAGUUCUUCCAUGAUGUGGCUGUGGAAGACGUUCUUCCCAACCCCAGACGCUCCCCGUCCACGGCCACCUUGAGUCUUCCCAACCUGGAGGCCUACCGAGACCCCUCAUGCCUGAGCCCAGCCAGCAGCCUGUCGUCCCGUAGCUGCAACUCCGAGGCCUCGUCCUACGAGUCCAGCUUCUCAUACCCGUACGCGUCCCCGCAGACAUCCCCGUGGCAGUCUCCCUGCGUGUCCCCCAAGACCACGGACCCUGAGGAGGGCUUUCCCCGUGGCCUGGGGGCCUGCAGCCUGCUGGGGUCCCCGCGGCACUCACCGUCCACCUCGCCCCGCACCAGUGUUACCGAGGAGAGCUGGUUGGGGGCCCGCACGUCCAGGCCCUCGUCCCCCUGCAACAAGAGGAAGUACGGUCUCAACGGCCGGCAACUGUCCUGCUCCCCGCAUGCCUCGCCCACACCUUCCCCGCACAGCUCGCCGAGGGUCAGCGUCACCGACGACACUUGGCUGGGCAACACCACGCAGUACACGAGCUCUGCCAUCGUGGCAGCCAUCAAUGCCCUGAGCACCGACAGCAGCCUGGACCUGGGCGAUGGUGUCCCCGUCAAGGCCCGCAAGACCGCCCUGGACCACUCACCCUCACUGGCGCUCAAGGUGGAGCCGGCAGCCGAGGACCUGGGGGCCACGCCGCCCACAUCCGACUUCCCACCUGAGGAGUUUCCGCCCUUCCAGCACAUCCGCAAGGGCGCCUUCUGCGACCAGUACCUGUCGGUGCCGCAGCACCCAUACCCGUGGGCCAGGCCACGGUCCCCGACGCCCUAUGCCAGCCCGUCUCUCCCUGCCCUGGACUGGCAGCUGCCGUCACACUCAGGACCCUACGAGCUGAGGAUCGAGGUGCAGCCCAAGUCCCACCACAGAGCUCAUUACGAGACAGAGGGGAGCCGUGGGGCUGUGAAGGCAUCGGCCGGAGGACACCCCAGCGUGCAGCUGCACGGCUACGUGGAGAGCGAGCCGCUCACCCUGCAGUUGUUCAUCGGGACGGCAGACGACCGGCUACUGAGGCCGCACGCCUUCUACCAAGUGCACCGGAUCACUGGGAAGACCGUGUCCACCACCAGCCACGAGGCCGUCCUCUCCAACACCAAGGUCCUGGAAAUCCCGCUUCUGCCGGAAAAUAACAUGCGCGCAAUCAUUGACUGUGCUGGGAUCCUGAAGCUCCGAAACUCUGACAUUGAGCUUCGCAAAGGGGAGACGGACAUUGGGCGGAAGAACACCAGAGUGAGGCUGGUCUUCCGCGUCCACAUCCCGCAGCCCAACGGCCGGACACUGUCGCUGCAGGUGGCCUCCAACCCCAUCGAGUGCUCCCAGCGCUCAGCCCAGGAGCUGCCCCUCGUGGAGAAGCAGAGCGCAGCCAGUUGCCCAGUCCUGGGCGGGAAGAGGAUGGUCCUGACUGGCCACAACUUCCUGCAGGACUCCAAGGUCGUUUUCGUGGAGAAAGCACCAGACGGCCACCACAUCUGGGAAAUGGAGGCGAAAACCGACGGAGACCUGUGCAAGCCGAAUUCCUUGGUGGUCGAGAUCCCGCCUUUCCGCAACCAGAGAAUCACCAGCCCCGUCCAGGUCAACUUCUACGUGUGCAACGGGAAGAGAAAGAGGAGCCAGUACCAGCAUUUCACCUACCUGCCUGCCAACGCUCCAGUCAUAAAAACGGAGCCCAGCGAUGACUACGAGCCUGCCCUCACCUGUGGACCAGUGAGCCAGGGCCUGAACCCGCUCACGAAGCCUUGCUAUGGCCCGCCACUCGCCCUGCCACCCGAUCCCAGCUCCUGCCUUGUGGCCGGCUUUCCACCCUGUCCACAGAGAAGCGCCGUGAUGUCUCCGCCACCCAGCGCCAGCCCGAAGCUCCACGACCUCUCCUGUGCCCCCUACAGCAAAGGCAUGGCCGGCCCGGGCCACCUUGGACUUCAGCGGCCAGCCGGAGGGGUCCUUGGAGGCCAGGAGGCACCGAGACCCGGGGGCCCACAUCCCGGCGCUCCCCAGC